AUGUCACCUAUUAUUGAAAAGCCCGUUGCCAAUGGUAAGAAAGGCAAGAGGAGGAAGAUCAUCAAAUCAUGUGCUUUUUGUAGAAAAAGAAAGUUGAAAUGCAAUCAGACUAGACCUAUGUGUCAGCAAUGCUUAAUUAGAAAAAUGCCGCAAUGCAUCUACACAGAAGAGUUUAACUAUGCCUUGUCUAAUAGAGACUUGUUUGGGCAAGUGCCCAACGUAGCAUUAAUUCAGAAGAUUGAGAAUUUACAAACUUUACUGAAAGAAAACGAUAAUGAUAGCGCAAAACAGGUGCAUUGCAGAAGUUCAGAUAAUCCGUUAUGGUCUCUCCGUACUUCAAUUUUAGGUGAGAAUGGCUCGAUGUAUGUUUUUGGUCCGACAUCUUGGAAAACUUUGUCUUUGUUUGAGCCAAAUAAGUUUCAAACCGAGUUUCAAAACCUGUGGAUAGUCUUGAAACCGCAUCCUAUAUGCACCGAGACCCAGUUAGAAGAUAAUCAUAUUGUCUCUCAUUUACCCAGCUUUUCUCAAAUUGAAAGUUGUGUUGAAUCUUUUUUUGCUAGUCCGCUGUUUGACUUAUUGCAUAUUUUCAACAAGAACGAUAUCAUCUCCCUUUUAGACAGAUUGUUCAUCCGAGACACAAUUAACGAUGAUCUAGUUAUCCUUCUCGACUUGGAAGGUAAGCCACAGAACAGGUAUAACAUUGGUAUUAUACUUCAGAUUCUUUGUUUGAACUAUUAUAACCAAAAUGUUCCCCCAUCCGUAAGUCAUUUUAUUUGUAGUUUAAGUGCGGCUUCCACGUCAUCAUCGAGCUCAAACUUUGUGGAAACACUACAAUUUUGUUUAAUUUCUUAUAUUAAUGUGAUGAUAAAUUGCACAGAUGGUGUAUGGGAUGCAACCCAAGGCAUUGAUUUAAUUAACAAGCUAUGUCAGGGAUGCAUAAGUUUGGGUUUGAAUGAUAUCGAUAAGUGGUAUUUGAACGAAAGAGAGGAGGACAGGCAAACCCUAAGAUGUAUAUGGUUCUGGGCACUUUUCCUUGAUGUUAGCACAUCAUAUGACGUGGGUAAACCUCCAUAUAUUUCUGACGACUUUUUUGAUUUAAAUAUAUUUACAGCGCAAAAUUUUGGAUCUCUAGGCUUUGACUUCAGGAAAGUCAAGUUGAUGCGCGAUUUUCUAAAGAUUUCUCGAUCCAUUACUCGUGAUAUUCACAAGAAGCAGAUCAAUAAAAGAACCUCGACUUCCCCGUUGAGAUUGAUAGAAUUUAUACAAUCUAAUUUUACACCUAUUGAACAUUAUACAAAUCCAGUUUAUUACUCUGUCGUUGAUCCGUUCGAUAUAUUGAUUCUAUCGAGAGCUUUAAGUAUGGUCAUUAGUUUGUACAAUGUUGAGAUUGUCAUUGGUCAACUUAGUAAAAUCAUAGAUAAGAACAGAAUGGUUCAGUUUUUGUUGAUAUCAAUAUCAGUUUGUGUCAAUACGAUUUUAUUUAAUGUUGGAAAAUCCAUUAACGAACAAGAAGACACUUUAUCUGAAGGAUUAAAACUAUCGACUGUUCUGAUUAAUCCACUAUUAAUACGGAUAAUAUCACAAGGGUAUAGUUUAGCAUUUAAAAGGUUGAUCAUCAGGGAGAAAGGGUUUCUUUUCCUAAUUGACCUUGACACAGGGAAAAAAAUUCAAUUUAUCAAAUAUCAGGAGGAGAACUUCGAUGAGCUUUUGACAGGAUUCGAUGUUAGAACUGAUAAAUUUCUGUCAUUUUCUGGAACAACAAUCAGAUUUUACGAAAUUAUCGAUAACAUAUUUGAGUCUAAUGAAAGAAACAAACAGCUUUUGAGAGCUGUCUCCAAAUGCUAUCAGUUAACCUCAACUUUGGCGUUUGAACGUGUAAGUAGGGUAUUAUUUGACAAGGCAUCUCAAGCAAGAAUAGAAACUGAAAAAAUUUGGCUAAAAAAGGGUAUUAAUAUGGAACACUUCAGUGAUCUCAUGAUUGAAGAUUUUACUAAUGAUGUUUGGAAGAAGUUUAAAGACAUCUCUAAAGAUCUAUGGUGUCUGGACCAAAAACAAUUCUAUAAACAGUAUCAUUUCGAUUUAUAA